AGAAGCCAGCCUGACCCUGUCGUCCUCUCGUAUCCAGUGUCCCCGCCGGCUCCAGCGGCUCCAGCUCCCCACUCCUCGGUGUCUCCCCAGGACCCGCCCUUCACCCUGGCCCUCCUACCCUGGCUCUUCCUUGCGCUAGCCGCCGGUAUUGCCAUGGAGGGGCUGCCUACCCCCGCCCCUGGAGGUCCCGAUGCCCUUGAAGUGCAGAAGCUCCUGAGCAAAUAUUUGGCGGCGCCCAGAGCAGAGACCGGCAGGGGGUGGGUGGGGGGCUGGACCAAGGCUGCCCGCCCCAGCUCUGCUGGGCUAAGCUCUCCCAGGCGCCACCGCAGUCCCUGCCUGCCCGGCUGGCCCUGCCCUGGCUGUCUGCUGCUGCUGCCGCGCUCCGCAGGAUGACUCAGCCAGAGCCAGAGAGCUUGGGCCCUGGGACACCUGGGUUCCCGGAACAGGAGGAGGAUGAACUGCACCGCACCCUGGGCGUGGAGCGGUUUGAAGAGAUCCUACAGGAAGCCGGGUCUCGUGGAGGGGAGGAACCAGGCCGCAGCUAUGGGGAGGAAGACUUUGAAUACCACCGGCAGUCCUCUCACCACAUCCAUCACCCGCUGUCCACCCACCUUCCACCGGAUGCUCGCCGCCGCAAGACCCCUCAGGGCCCAGGACGGAAGCCUCGAAGGCGCCCUGGAGCCUCCCCAACUGGAGAAACCCCCACCAUUGAGGAGGGGGAGGAAGAUGAGGAAGAGGCCAAUGAGGCUGAGGGGGCCAGGGCACCCACUGAGCCAUCCCCCGCCUCCACUCCCUCUUCGGUACAGUUCUUUCUCCAGGAGGAUGAAGGUGCGGAGCGGAAGGCAGAGAGGACCAGCCCAUCUCCUCCUACACUGCUGCCCCACCAAGAGGCAGCCCCUUGGGCCACCAAAGGGGCCCAGACGGGAGUCCCGGUGGAAGAGGUGGCAGUGGUGGCCAGUGGCACAGCAGGAGGAGAUAACGGGGGUGCCUCCGGGCGCCCCCUGACCAAAGCCCAGCCCGGGCAUCGCAGCUACAACCUUCAGGAGAGGCGGCGCAUUGGGAGCAUGACCGGGGCCGAGCAGGCGCUACUGCCCCGCGUGCCCACAGAUGAGAGCGAGGCGCAGACGCUGGCCACAGCCGACCUAGACCUCAUGAAGAGUGAGUGCUGGGGCCUGGGCCGAGGCUGGUGCUGGUAGG